AUGCUGCGCGAAAGUCAGGAGAGACCUGCAGCGUACGUUGAAGAGCGGGUACUCUACGCCAGAAAUAAAUUUCUCACCACUCCUAAGCCGGCUGUGACAGGCGGAAAGCCCAUAUCAGAAGAACUUGCUAUCGAACUACGGAUAACAACAUUCGGGACUUCAGCCUGUCCUCCUCGUGGUGAAUGGGUCCGGUCACCGCUAGUUAUGAGGCCCCCAAACCAGCCUCUGUCUUAUGGCCUCGCCGCACCACGUAAUGGCGCUAGAUCCUUACUAUCUGGACUACAGGCCCACAUUAUUAAAUGGCUGCUUUUCGAUUCGCGACCUUUGACUAAGGAUAAUAAGCCAACGGAACCUCCUGAAAGUUAUCUCCGUCCCUCUGAAGAACGACAGGAAGAAGCACUUUGGCGAGCUUGUAGUGAAGUGAUUUGGCGUUGCGGUGGAGGAUUCAACACUCAAAAUACAUCGGACACCAAGGUUGUAGUAGCUCUACCCACUGAUAGUACUUACGUGCAGCACAGCGCCCAAUAUUAUCAAGAUGGAAUAACUGAGAAGUUCAAAUUAGAAGAAGGAGCUGGCGCCUUAUUGUUGUUGUACGCUGCCGUGUUGUCAAGAGGUUGCGAUAAUAUCCUGAAGGAUCUAGAUGGGAAGCUGAAUUACUUGGUUUCAACGCAAGUUGAGGGAUCGAUUAAUGUAACCAUGCUUGUCCUGACGGGAAGGGCUACACCGUAUCUUCACAAUGGCGUAAUGUACGUUGGCGAUGAGGAUCAUUACGCAAUGCCCCAGUUUGGCGUGCUAUCCCGCAGUUCAGUUGGCCUACUGAUGUGGUAUGGCGGAGACGACAAUAGUUCAAACAAUGUCAUUAAACAAUAUCCAGGGUCCAGAUUAAAGACUCCAGCGUUACCAAUUUGGGUGACUUGCUGUUCUGGACAUUAUGGAGUGUUAUUCAAUACGAAUCGUGAAUUACUGCGGAAUUACCAUGCUGAGAGAAGGUUCGAUAUCCACUACUAUACUUGCGGUGGGUGCCACGUGCUUCUAAACGUCGAUACCAGGACACAUGAAGAUACAGCCUGCGUUAGUAGAAAUGAUGACAUCAGUGCUACUCCACUGGAAAAACUAAUACACACCAAGUAUGCUAUUAUUGAAAUAAAAUACUGCCGUGUAGUGACUACAUAA